UCAGUUAUGGCGUUCCCUUCAGUGAUAUACCUCCUUGCUGCCUUGUGUCUGUGUGUCGCCGUAGCUGAUUAUUAUGAUGAUUAUAUUGAUACUCCUAGUGACCAGUUUGGAAACAUAAUCGGCCAUGACCGCAUGUCUGAGAUCGCUGCUAUGAGGUCCACCAAACUGGGAUAUGGGUUAGGAGGACAGUUCAAGAAGAUGAACGACCUUUUUACAUCUCCAUUUGGAUUUGGUGGUCUAAACUUCGGACAUAAGAUUUUUAAGAGACAAGCCCCAGGAUUUGGUCCUGUGCCCAGUUUUACCGAAAAAGCAUCUUUCGGUCCAGAUCCGUUCCACAACGAUCCAUUCCAAGACAGUUUCGGCUCCACAAACGACAAAACAAACUUCUUCAAGGAUUCGGACACUGGAUUCAAGCCCCAGAAAGAGGUGAAGAUCAGCUGCUCAGACAGGUCGAUCCAGUGUGACCGUCUGGCCAAGUUCAGGACCUAUGACGGCCAUUGCAAUAACCUCGCCAACCCCAAGUGGGGGGCAACGAUGCAGCCUGUGGCCAGGUUCCUCAACCCCCUGUAUGCUGAUGGAACAUCUCUACCCCGGAUGUACAGCCGUGUGAAGGACCGGAACACCGGACGCUAUCCCCUCCUCCCGACCCCCCGCUACGUCAGCCGUCAGAUGCUUCUUCCCGACGACGGCGACGACAAACACCUUCCCGACAUCAGCAACCUCUUUAUGCAGUGGGGACAGUUCACUGACCACGACAUGACCGGCACGCCAGUCUCCAAAGCUACCAAUGGGAAAGACCUGAAAUGUUGCAACAAUGUCUUCCUCUCUGAUGACAACCCCCACCACCCUGAUGUGUUCCAAGGCAAGCCUUGCUUCCCAAUCUACAUUCCCCCAGGUGAUCGUCACUUUGAUCGGACUUGCAUGAACUUCGCCCGGUCUCAGCCGGAACCCCGGAAACUCAUGUGCGAAGGAGGGAUCAGGGAACAGAUGAACAUGAUCACCGCUUUCAUCGAUGCCUCCCAGGUGUAUGGUGCCAGUUUCAAGGAGAUGAGGGAUCUCAGGACCUACAACUUGGGACAGCUGAAGGUUACGGAGAAGAACCUUCUCCCCGAGGACGUCAAUGCCACAUGCAUCAAGGACAACCUGGACGACUACUGCUUCAAGGCUGGUGACGAGAGAGUGAACGAACAGCCAGCCCUCACAGCUCUCCACACACUGUUCCAUCGUUAUCAUAACAUGCUGACUCUCACGUUGAAGAGAAUCAACUCCCACUGGGAGGACGAGAGGCUGUACCGGGAGAGCAGGAAAAUCCUGGGAGGACUGCUCCAGCAUGUCACCUACUACGAGUGGCUGCCCAUCCUAUUGGGCAGGACUUACAUGAAGGAGUAUGGUCUUACCGUCUCAGGAAGUGCGGACUACCAACCCUACGGAUCCAACAACUGGUACUACGAUUCAAGCAUGAACCCCACCAUUAUGAAUGCUUUCGCCAGUGCAGCCUUUAGAUUUGGACAUUCUCUGGUUCCAAGCAAGUUCUCCAUGGGUGGGCGUCGGGAGCUUCUGAGAAACAUGUUCAAUCGACCCAAGUUCAUACUUCAGAACGAUGGGGAGGGCGUGAACCUCAUCUGCAAUGGUCUUGCUGGAGAUCCUCUUCAGCAUCCAGACCACUUCUUUGCCACAGACCUCACUGACCGACUGUUUGAGGACUUCAAUAACAAGAGUCUGGAUCUGACGUCUCUGAACAUUCAGAGAGGUCGUGAUCACGGUCUCCCUCCGUACAACGACUUCAGGAGGGCCUGCGGAAUCCCCGCCCUGCAGGACUACUCGGCUCUGAAGAUCAACUUCCCUGACAAAGCUAAACUCCUGUCUCAAGCUUAUCGCAACAUUGACGACCUUGACCUUUUCCCUGGUGGAAUCGCCGAGAACCCUGUUGCUGGAGGUAUGGUGGGACCAACGUUCGCCUGUAUCAUCGCCGAGCAGUUCCGGAGAAUCAAGUACGGUGACCGCUACUGGUACGAGACCCAGGACCGCUACACUGGAUUCACACUAGACCAGGUGAAGGAAAUCAAGAAGUUCUCCAUUGCACGUGUCCUGUGUGAUGCCACAUCUGCACAAGAAAUGCAGACUAACACCUUCCUCCAGCCGUCCUACCUCAACCCCAGGAUCCCUUGUCGCGACCUUCCUGACCUGGAUUACAACAAAUGGAAGGAAUAGUCACGUGAAAGUCGCGCAUGCGCAGAUCAACAUAACCAGAUUUGUCCUUGUAAUUGCUGACAGUGGGGUUAUAAACUUGGUAUUGUUUAUUGAAUGUUUUGUACGCUGAUUAUAUUGGUAAA